UGGGUCACAAUUUAUGGCGAGUUGGACACAGUUUAUGGCGAGUUGGACAGAUUAGGACGAAUUGGCUCAAUUUUGCGGGGGCUGAUAUCUGCGCUAUCAUCGUAUCGUGGGUAUGUUGUAUUGUGCUGUCCAAGACAGACAGAGUGCACGGAAUACGUCUCUGUUUACUAAUUGAUGAGUGCAGCCAGUAUACCCAAUUGCCUACACAAAUUCUAUGCCACUCACACUCGACCUUACGAGGAAAACGUCUCCUCUACCUGCAAGCAUCAGUCAGCGAACGCCACCCGAGGCCACGCCAACUUACAAACUACCGACCGACCUCCAUCGACGUAGCCAACACGACGCCUCGGCGUUAACGGACCCGAGGUCAGCGCACGAUCAGGUUUGACGCUAUGGGUAAGUUCCACUCCACGUUCUGGUUAGCCGUACCAACCGACGCUUGUUCACAGGUGUAGCCGCGUUCUACGGCAAGAGCACCGACAGGGCUGGCAGCGCAAGCCUUCGAACUGCUGACCUGCGCGACGGACCGCGGCGCUACGGACUGGGAUGCCGUGGCCCAUAUUUGGGAGCAACACGUACCGCGAUCACCGCGCACCUCCCAAGAGACUGUAGACUUACGGCACUUGGCUGCGGCGCUUCAUGUGCUUCUGCAGGUGAAUCAACGCUUGGUGAGUGGUUCGCGGCGAUCGGGAGGCGCUCAAAGGCGUUCCUCGCAACCGCGACGCGCUU